AUUACAUAGGAUCACUAUAUAUAGAGAGCUCCGGUUCAGAAUCAUAUUAAACCAACUCCUCUCUCUUUAAACUUUCGACAAUGGCAAGCUCUGUUGCAGGCAUUGUGUGUUUGAUCUCGAUUUUUAUAACUGCUGUGCCGAGUUUAGGCAAAGAUUACACUGUAGGGGACUCAUCUGGCUGGGCACUCAGUGUUGAUUACAGCACUUGGGCUACUGGCAAAACUUUCAAUGUUGGAGACAAUCUUGUGUUCAAGUAUGGAAGUGGUCACACUGUGGAUGAAGUGAGUUCGGGUGAUUAUAGUUCCUGCACUAUCGGAAAUUCAAUAACUUCUGACAACACUGGAUCGACAAAAAUCCCUCUGAAGACCGCAGGCACGCAUUAUUUCAUCUGCGGUGUAAUUGGACAUUGCAGUGGAGGAAUGAAAGUAGCGGUGACUGUUGCAGCGGGUGCUACCCCAGCACCCGCUGGCACUUCAGUACCACCCGCGACCGCGGGUGGUACUAGUGCUACUUUUCCCACACCAACUGCAACUACAUCAGGCAGUAAUCCGGCUUUAGCUAGUUCAUCAGGAACUUUUUCCGCGAUUUUGGACCUGUUCCUCAGUACUUGUCUUAUUUUGGUCUGCAAGUUAAUUGUUUAGUAAUGUGGCCAUGUUGAAAACCUCCAACUUUCGACAGGCCAGGAUAGAGGCAGUGCCGCAGGGCUCUCUAGCUACUUCAUUUGGUUCUAUUUCAUUGUUGUUUUCGUGUAUUUAUGACUGAGUAUUUUGAGUUAUAUUUGUGUUGAACCUUUGUCUAGAGUUCUUGGAGCAUGCUAAAUAAAGUUGAAGAAAAUCAAAGAGCUGUUGUUUUAGACUUUUA